UACAGGUGAAACACACGAGGUUUGCUCAGUUAUAAACAUGUCUACGAUUAAGUCUGUAAACAGACGCUGUAGAUUUAGAAACAAGGACUAAUUAUUUAGGGACUGUAUAUGGCUGAAUUAAUUAAGAUUCAGGAUGUUUCUGUUUUGGAUAUUAUAAAUACCUGGAUAUUUUUACCUGGAUUUUAACAAGAAAACACGGAAAUGAUUGUUGAAGAGAUAUUUAACGGGACAAAAAUCUGCCAUGAAUCUCAACUUGGAGAUAUAAUUGGAAAAAGAUCAAUCUGAACAACGAGGGACUUCGCUCUAAUGCUCUACUGAACACAAAUUUUCACGUAAAUUCUUCUCCGAUUUUUCUAUGAAGGAUCCGCCACCUCAAGGAUUCAUGGUUCGUACAAGGGGAGAUAACUCUGUGUAUGAUGAAGGUGGGGAAGAUACCGAAGACAUUGAUGGAUAUUUUACAUUAAGCCAUCUUGAUUCGUUGAAGACAGCUCCUGUACACAUUGACCUCAUGAUGGGAGGGACUGUGUCUUCAGAAAUUAACGAAAAUGAUAAAGACUUUAUUCACAUAGAUACCACUGGUUACAGUUCCGACAACGGUCAAAAGUCUCCGGAGAGUUUGGACAGUGGGGUCAUUCUCAGCGACAGAGCCGAUUUUGAUGCAAAAUGGCCGCCAGAUGGGAAGGAAAGGAGUCAGCAUAGCUCACCCAAUGCGAAGGUCAGAGUUCAUGAAACAAAAGGAUCGUUUGAAAUUGAAGGAGUGCUCUUCAAAGAUUUGGAUCAGCUUAAACCAAGGAGUUCGGAAAGCAGUGUUACACAGGAGUCAGAUGAAAUAUCUGAUGGUUUGUUAACAAUGUCGUCAAAACCAGAAUAUCAGAUUUUUGAAAUAGAUGCGUUUAGUGCACAUUCUCAUGGAUGUUUGCCCCCUGAUGAUUGUAAUGCGGAGGAAAGUAUCUCAAAGACGGAAAGUAUUUUGUGCAAUAAUAAUGAAACUACAAUGACAAAUUCAAACGUAGUGAACCAAAUUCAAUCUGAUUCAAACCCAAACUUGACACAAAUGGUAAUAGAUUCAAACAUGUCUGUGAAAAUGACAGAUGAAGAAUCAAGCGACAGCCUUGUAACGAAUCUUAUUGGUUCAAACAUUUCUAAUUCAACUUGUGAUCUUAAUUCAAGCAUUUCUAUGACACAGACUACGAUGAAUUCAAACAUUGAUGAGACUACCAAUGAUUCAACGCCUCAGUCUCUGAACAAGUCUGACGGUGUUGAUUUUUUUAGACAAGUAUCUGUUGAUUCUGUGGGGUCAGAUGAUUCGGAUCAAAGAUCGAAUCAUUCUAGAUCAACAGAAAAGGACUUCUCUGAUUCAAUGAAUUCUGAUGAUCAUGAUAUAAAUUCUGAGGAUCAUUAUAUCAAUUCUGAGGAUCAUUAUAUCAAUUCAACCCAAUCAUUAUCUCAUCGAAAUUCAAGCUCUUCAGUGAACCAGAUUAGUGUUAAUGAUUCAAGCAUAUUUGAGGAAGAAUCUAAUACAAAUGUGGAUUUUCAGACAUCCACACAAAAAAUUGUGUCUGCGAAUCGAACGACUGUUACUUUUCCUGAUGAUUCUGUAACACAGAGUAGAGAUGUGUUGGACAAGAAUCGCUCAGUAAAUGGGUUGUCUGAGGAGUAUGGUUCGGAUGCUGAAAGUUUUUGUGACAGUCCGACGCAGGAAAUGUAUGAAAGUCCUUUGGAGGAACAAUCUCAUCUACAUUCUCAAAAUAGUGCAAUUAAUUCAUCUGUCAAUCACAGCGCAACACAAGUGCAAGAAGACCAUGAUCAUUCAAUCAGUCGCGUGACAACUGUUAGUCACAUGACAUCAGACAGUCACAUGACCAUUGAUGAGGUGGAAUGCUCAUGUGACCACAAUCACCAAUUUGAACAAAAUGAUGCUGAUUGUCAAACAUUUGAUGACCAAGAUUUAAACGAGAACGGGGAUAUGCAAUAUUAUGAUUGUUUUGUAUCACAACCAAGCCAUCGGUCCGGAGGGUUGCACACGAUUUCUGAAGAAGGAGACGAUAUCUUUUUACCUGAUGGCCAUUUUGAAUAUGACCCUGAAAACAAUUAUUUUUGUACUUGUGAAGAAUGUAUGAAAAAUUUACGAAUAGAAACAAUUUCAACAUCAGAUAAAUCCACCAUGUGUCCGGAGGAACCCCCUUAUGUUUUAAUGUGUGAGAUAUGUGAAGGAUUGUUAGAAAACCAGCUUCAGAAAACAGAGAAGGAUGGAAAGAAAAGAGAAAAAGAAUUUGAAAAGGAAAUCCGACAGCUUAAGAAAGAUAAUGAAGAGCAGCAGAAAAUUAUAACACAGCGUAAAAAGUCACAUAACAUCUCGCUAUCUCCGGAGGCUAGGAUUGAAGCCACGAUGCAGCAUGAGAUCACACGACUCACGUCAGAAAAUCUGGACCUACGAGAAACGAUAGAAAAAAGCUCGGACCAAAUGCGAAAAAUGAGGAAAAUGCUGAAGGUGUAUGCCAAACGUCUAAAAGAUGGCGAGGCGGCUGAAAUCGCCGCAGAGCUGGAGCAGGACGAAAGUAAGACGAGCGUGGACAAUGUCGCUUCAAUCAAACACAGAGAACGAAUGUAUAUGGGAAUGCUGGAAUACAAAAAGGAGGAUGAAAAUGUACUCAUCAAAAACCUUUUUAUGGACUUGAAACCAAAAGUUGCCGCAGGUCUUUUACCCGGUUUACCGGCCUAUGUCCUGUUUAUGUGUGUACGACAUACGGACUAUAUCAACGACGACGAGAAGGUCCGCUCUCUUCUCACCAAUUCUAUAAAUAGUGUCAGGAAGUGUGUCAAGAAACACCAUGGUGACCUUGACCGCGUGACCCUAUGGCUGGCUAACACUUGCCGUCUACUACACACACUAAAACAGUACAGCGGAGAGAAGGCAUUCCAGGCUGAUAACAGUACACGUCAGAACGAACACUGUCUCCGUAACUUUGACCUGUCCGAGUAUCGACAAGUGUUCAGUGAUCUGGCCGUGUGGAUCUAUCAGACGCUCAUCAAACUCAUGGGGGAGACAAUACAACCCAUGAUAGUGGCUGCGGUGCUGGAACAUGAGGCCAUUGCAGGACUUACUGCCAGUAAGCCAUCAGGGAUGAGAGGACGAUCCUCUAGUACCGCCACAGAUCCAGACGAUGUCAAGGAACUGUCUCUUGAUUCUCUAAUGAAGGCUAUGAACAAGUACAGCCAAGUAUUAACCCAGCAUGCUGUCGACCCAGAACUUGUCAAACAAAUCUUCAGACAGCUUUACUACUUCAUCUGUGCGGGCGCCCUGAACAACCUGUUACUAAGGAAGGACAUGUGUAACUGGUCGAAGGGCAUGCAGAUACGUUACAACCUCAGUCAUUUGGAACAAUGGUUACGGGACAAUAAACUCCACGAGGUCGGAGCCCAGGUUACCAUGGAACCGAUCAUCCAGGCAUCACAGCUCCUACAGGCCAGGAAAACCGUCGCCGACGUCGACAGCAUCUGUGAAAUGUGCUCCAAACUCACAACAGCACAGAUUGUGAAAAUUCUAAACCUCUACACUCCUGUUGAUGAAUUUGAGGAGCGUGUUCCGAUUCCCUUCAUCCGUGAAAUUCAGAAAAAGUUGAAAGGUCGACCACAAGAAACGGACAAUACACUUCUGAUGGACACAAAGUUCUCGUACCCUGUCACAUUCCCGUUCAACCCAUCAAGCAUCGCCAUGGAAACCGUGGAAGUUCCUCAAUCCCUACAUCUCGGUUUCCUCAACCGCGUGUGAUUUUAGUCAAUUUAGUCUCGUUAAUUAAUUUAUUGAUUAGAUACACAUAUUUGUCUUAUGUACAUGUUUUGUAUUAUAUGUGUAGUGAACUGAAGGUUGGAGAAAAAUUUGUUUCGUUUUUUUCUUAGAAAAAUAUGUUUUCAUCAGUCAACCUCCAGUUGGCGUUUUAUUGCCCAUGAAAUCAGUAAAUACAUGGAUUUAAAAAUAUAUAAUGUGUUUGUCAUUAGGUCAAUAAAAAUAAACCCCACAAAAACGAUUGAUAAAAUGAAUCUGAUACAGCGAGUAGUGUGAUUAUAAUAAUGAUAAGGAAUUUUAUAGGUCCAUGGUUUUAAUGAAUUAUUGGAUUUAAAGGAACAUUCUUGUUGAAGUUUUGUUUCAAUAAGAGAUUUGAUUUUCUGCUGUCUGUAAGACUUUAAUGUUGAAUUUGUAGAAAUAUUACACAAAAA